CAGCGCAUGGAAAUGCCGUUUACCUUCCCGCCGGAGUGGUACCUAUUUAUCUACUUGCACUUUGAUGUGCUUUCGAACUGCUAGGUGGGCAGGAGCAGGGACCGAGCAACGGGAGCUCACCCUGUCACGGGGAUUCGAACCACCGACCUUCUGAUUGGCAAGUCCUAGGCUCUGUGGUUUAACCCACAGCGCCACCCGCAUCCCUCUACAAACAACAUAUACAGUUAUAAAAAGCAUACAUUAUUCAAAAUUAAAAAGGUGUCAUUAAAUGCAUUGCAGGGGCUCUGAAUCUGGAACAGAUGAGUAAAAUUUGUCUGCAUCUGGUUGUUCUCUUUUCUUCAACCAGAUCUCCACACACCCUCUUUAUCGCAGCAUAUGUUUGCAGUUGUUGACAUGCUAUAAAUUACAACUUGGAGAGGCACUCCCACCAUGGCGUCCUGUCGGAAAUUGCAUUCCAGUGUUUACCUUCUAAAAAAAAAGGCUUCAGGCUGUUUUUGAAGGAAACAUGGCUGCUGGAGGCACUCUCGGCCAGGAAGAAAUGACUUGCCCCGUUUGCCACCAACCUUUCUUGAACCCAAUGAUUACUGACUGUGGACACAGUUUCUGCCACGCUUGCCUCAUCCAGUAUUGGAGCGACUCUGAUGGAGCAGGUUCUUGCCCUCAGUGCGGAAAACCUUUUAAAGAAGGCAGCUACAGGCGGAACCAUGAGCUAGCAAGGCAUGCAGGGGAAUCCACGAAAUCUAAAGAAGGGGAAGAUGCGAAAAGCAAGACAGGAAGGUGUGAUAAGCCGGAGGAACUCCUGGAAUCCUGUGAGGGUGAUGAUCAAAUGGUUCGAAAGAAAAAGGGAACCAUGAUACCGAAAGGGACGUCCACACUGCUUGUAGUUAUGGAAGAAGACAUUAAGUGCCCUAUUUGCAUAGACUACUUCACAGGCAUUGUGACUCUAGAUUGUGGCCAUAACUUUUGUAAGGCCUGCAUCAACCAUCACUGUGAUACAUGGAAGGAAAUAGGUCCACCGGAAUGUCCUAUCUGCCGAACCAAGAUUCAGAAAGGGAGUUACCGGCCAAACUGGCUGCUGACCAGCAUUUUAGAAAACUUCAAACGCUUCAAAGAAGAACUGUGUGACAGACACAAGGAAAAACUUCUACUGUUCUGCAAAGAAGACAGAGAAUUGCUAUGUUCCAAGUGUGAACAUUCGCCACAGCACAGCCAGCACUCAGUGGUUCUCCUGGAGCAUAUUGAACAGGGGAUCAGAAGGAACUUGAACAGGUCCAAAGAUGAGGAGGAAGUGGGGCAUGACUUGGUUAAUCACCCCAACAGUUGCUCACCGGAAAAAAUUGCUCUGAUCAAGAUUACGGGAAAAUGGGAAGGAAGUAUAAUUCUGGAUCCAAGCACAGCAUAUCCAUACCUCAUUGUGUCUGAUGACCUGAAAAGCGUGAGAUGGGGAGAUGGAAAGCAGGACGUGCCCACGAGCCUUGAGAGGUUUCACUUAGAUCCCUGUGUCCUGGGCUGCGAGAGAUUUGUUUCAGGAAAACAUUGGUGGGAGGUGGAGGUGGGGAUGGAGGUUGAGGAGGAAGAGGCUGAGUGGGCUGUGGGGGUUGUACGAGAAUCUUUCCAGAGGAAUGCAAAGAGCAGCCUUAGUCCUUAUUGUGGGAUCUGGGCUGUGGGAAAGGAGAGGAAUUCUGGCCAUGGCUCAUUGAGUGACUCUCUUCCGUCCCGUUGCCUCUGGGCUUUUACUUCUCCCAAGUGGACCAUGUUGAGACUGGCACGUCUUCCCAGGAAGAUCAAGGUGUCCCUGGAUUAUGAAAAGGGAGUUGUGGAGUUUUUCGAUGCUGAUUUGGACAAACCGAUCUUCAAAUUCUGUUCAGCCUUUUUUAACAGGGAGAUGGUCAUUCCCUAUUUGCGGGUAGAACGUGGUGUCACCCUGAAAUGCUCUUGAGGAGAAAGCCACAUCUCUGCGGCAAUGGGGCAAAUGGUUCUCACGAAUGACUACUGGUUCCUGAACAUGCAUUGCUGAAUCUUUUAUCUGCGGGCCAGGAGUUGGGAUGUGUCUUGCCAAAGGCAAGGCGCUUCUUUUAAAAUUCAGAAGCAAUACAGAAUACACAAGUGAGUGGGAAGAUUAAAGGUUUUAUUCCAAAACAGCAAGCAAUGUAUACAUACCAAGCAAGCACUUCAAUCUGCCAAUUGGAAGCCCUCAAGAAGCAGUGAAGCAACCCCCCUCCCCCGGUAGCCUCAGUUGACACAGCCCUGUGGACGAUGCACGAGCUUCAGAGAAACUCUGCCCAAACCGUCAGAUUUUAUGGACAAACCUGUGCAGCUUUCAAGCAGUUCAAGACAUGAAAUUGCACAAAAAUGGGAUAAAUAUAAGAGAUAUGUACAAAAAUAUACAGUGCUUUUUCGUCUAUGGCAGCAUUUGAUUGACUUUGGAUAAAGAACUAUAUGAGAAAUAAGAGCAAUGGCACAAAUUGCUAUAAGAAUGUAUUAGAGAACAUAGAAAGAAUAGAUUAAUAAUGGUAGGUACACUAUUAGAAUAAAAUCAUACAACGAGAAUUGACAGGAAGUCCAAAGUCUUUAUGAUAUUUUUUGUGAAUAAUCUUUGCUAAUAGUCUUUGUUAAUAAUCACAUAAAAAGUAGCAUAAAUACAGCUGAAGCUUAAGGUUCAUAAUUAUGUAAGAAAGGAUAAGUAUAUAGUUUUUUUUUCAUUUUUUGUGUACAUGAUUGAAAUUUCAAUUUACUUUAAGAGAUGCACUAU